AUGGAUGAUGAAUUUUCUGCUCUUAUGCACAAUAAUACUUGGCAUCUUGUUCCUGCUACUCGUGGACGCAAUGUUAUUGAUUGUAAGAGGGUCUACAAGGUGAAACGGAAAGCUGAUGGCACUAUUGAUCGAUACAAGGCACGUUUGGUUGCUAAAGGAUUUAAGCAAAGGUACGGUAUUGAUUAUGAGGAUACCUUUAGUCCUGUCGUCAAGGUGGCUACGAUUCGUUUGGUUCUUGCCUUGGCUAUCUCUCAUAUUUGGAAGCUCCGACAACUUGACGUGAAGAACGCGUUCUUACAUGGUGUUCUGGAAGAAGAGGCUCCUCGUGCCUGGUAUGCGCGCUUAAGUUCCAAGCUUAAUGCUCUUGGAUUUCGGGCAUCCAAGGCUGAUACCUCGUUGUUCUUCUACAACAAAGGGGGAGUAUCUAUCUUUAUGCUUAUAUAUGUUGAUGAUAUUGUUGUAGUCAGCUCAUCUGAUCAAGCUGUGGAUGCUCUGUUACAUGAUCUUGGUUUGUCCUUUGCUUUGAAGGAUCUUGGAGAAUUGCACUAUUUCUUGGGAAUUGAGGUCUGCCAGUUCUUACAUGCUCCCACUAUAGUUCAUUGGACAGCGGUCAAGAGAAUUCUAAGAUAUUUGAGAGGAACUAUCUCACUUGGUCUGCGUAUUAGUAAAUCUGAUUCUAUUCUUGUCAAUGCAUUCUCUGAUGCUGAUUGGGCAGGAUGCCCUGAUGAUAGAAGACGGGCAGUUAGGGUUGCAGAUUGGGCAAUGUUCCUGGCAGUCUUUCUUGGGAUUCUUGCAACGGGGAUCAUGAGCUUGCUAUUGUCGCUUGUCGCCGCCCUCGUCAUCUCCACGGUGAGCGCUGGCGACGAUGCGGCGCUGCUUGCUUUCAAAGCCCAGCUCAACCACGAUGCGGUGGCCUCCUGGAACAGCAGCGCCCACUUCUGCAGCUGGGAGGGCGUGACGUGCAGCCACCGGCAUCCAGCGCGAGUGGUGGCGCUGAGCCUGUACGGCAGCGCGCUCACCGGAGCGCUUUCCCCGGCCAUCGGGAACCUCACGUUCCUGCGGACGUUGAACCUCAGCACCAACAGGCUCCACGGUGAGAUUCCGGCGAGCGUGGGACGCCUACGCCGCCUGCGGAUACUCGAGCUAACCAACAACUCUUUCUCCGGCACUUUACCGGUAAACCUGAGCUUCUGCAUCAACAUGACCGUCCUUUAUCUGGACAACAACAACCUUGGUGGGGAAAUCCCAGCCGAGCUCGGCGAAAGGCUGACGUCCCUCAAGGCGAUCUCGCUAAUGAACAACAGAUUCACAGGACUCAUCCCGGCAUCACUGGCCAACCUAUCCGAUCUACGAUACCUCGAGUUCUCCACGAACCAACUUGUUGGCUCAAUCCCACCACGGCUCGGCAGUAUGCAGAGCAUACGGUACUUCUCUCUCCCCUAUAACAACCUUUCUGGUAUGCUCCCACCCUCCCUCUACAACUUGUCGUCGCUGGCGUACAUUGACUUGAGCGCAAACAUGUUGUAUGGAAGUAUUCCAGAUGACAUCGGCAGCAAGUUCCCCAUUAUGCAAGUUCUUAGCUUGGGUUUUAACCAGUUCACUGGAACCAUCCCUUCAUCGCUAUCCAAUCUAUCUCAGCUAACAGAAGUUCUUCUCGGUGUCAAUAGAUUUAACGGGUAUGUCCCUCCCACUUUGGGGACGCUGAAAGCUCUCCAGGGUCUACAUCUCGCUGAAAAUAGCUUUGAAGCGAAUGACAAACAGGGAUGGGAAUUCAUCACUUCUUUGGCAAACUGCACCCAGUUGUCGGUCUUGAUUCUCUCCGAAAACUUGUUCAGUGGACAGCUACCAGGUUCAGUUGUGAACCUCUCAACAACUCUCCAGAAGUUAAUCUUGGAUACAAAUAGGAUCUCUGGGAGUAUCCCUGAAGUAAUUGGUAAUUUGGUAGGUCUUAGCAUGCUUUACAUAGCAAACAAUAGCAUAUCUGGGCUAAUUCCGGAAAGCAUUGGCAAGCUGGAAAACUUGGUUGAGCUAUACAUAUACAAUAAUAGCUUGUCUGGUGUCAUACCGUCGUCUCUAGGAAACCUUUCACAGUUGAAUAGGUUUUAUGCAUACUAUAACAACUUGGAGGGGCCAAUUCCAGCAAGCUUAGGCAAGUUGGGAACACUUUUUGCACUUGAUUUGUCAAGUAACCACCGACUUAAUGGCUCCAUUCCGAGGGAGAUUUUAGAGUUGCCUUCCCUUUCAUGGUAUUUGGACUUAUCAUACAAUUCCCUCUCUGGACCCCUUCCUACUGAAGUUGGUAGCUUGUCAAACCUUAACCACCUGAUUCUAUCAGGAAAUCAGUUGUCGGGCAAGGUACCCGACAGUAUACAGAAUUGCGUAGUGUUGGAUGUGCUCUUGUUAGACAAUAACUCGUUUGAGGGAAGUAUACCUAAAUCACUGAAGAAUAUGAAAGGGCUCCAGUUACUGAAUCUGACCAUGAACAAGUUCUCUGGUAACAUUCCUGAUGCCCUUGGUAGUAUUGGCCACCUGCAGCAACUGUAUCUAGCACAUAACAACUUGUCAGGGCGGAUCCCCACCGCGUUACAGAAUUUGACAUUUUUGUGGGAUUUGGAUCUAUCCUAUAAUGAUUUGCAAGGUGAAGUGCCAAAAGGGGGUGUUUUCAAAUACCUGCAUGCUGCAUCAGUUACUGGAAAUACACAAUUGUGUGGAGGAGUACCCCAGAUUCACUUGGUUCCUUGCUCCACACAUACUUUAAAAGGUAGCGAAAAACAUAAGUCGAACUCUCUGCUGAUUUCUCUACCAGGAACAGGAGCAAUUUUGUUCCUUGUUUUGGUCACUGUUAUUAUUUGGAAUCUCAAACAAAGGCGAAAGAUUCAAGCUCCACCAACAAGUACUGAAGAACAAUUUCCAAGAGUUUCUUAUCAGGCAUUGUUCAGAGGAACUGAUGGGUUUUCAGAAUCUAACUUGCUUGGCAAAGGAAGAUAUGGUGAAGUUUACAAAUGCAUUUUACAUGAUAACGAUACACCCGUGGCUGUAAAAGUAUUUAACCUUCAGCAGUCAGGAUCUUCUAAGAGUUUCGAAGCUGAAUGUGAGUCGCUGAGAAGGGUACGUCACCGUCAUCUCAUAAAGAUUAUCACGUGCUGCUCAAGCAUCGAUCCCCAAGGCCAAGACUUCAAGGCAUUGGUUCUGGACCUCAUGCCCAACGGUAGCUUGGAUGGUUGGCUUCAUCCAAAAGACAACAUUUGCACUCUCAACAAUACUCUGAGCCUAGCUCAAAGGCUAGAUAUUGCUGUCCAAGUUGUAGAUGCUUUGGAAUAUCUUCAUAAUCACUCCCAGCAGCCAAUUGUUCAUUGCGAUGUCAAGCCAGGCAACAUCCUUCUUGGAGAAGACAUGAGUGCCCGAGUUGGAGACUUUGGUAUAUCAAGGAUCCUCCCUGUAAUUGGAAGCACAACCUGGCAAAAUUCAAAUAGCACAAUUGGGAUAAGAGGCUCCAUUGGCUAUGUUGCUCCAGAGUACGGCGAAGGUUCUCCAAUCUCAACUCUUGGUGAUGUUUAUAGCCUUGGGAUAUUGCUGCUUGAGAUGGUAACAGGUAGAAGCCCAACGGAUGAUAUGUUCAGAGAUUCAAAAGAUCUUCACAAGUUUACAGAGGCUGCUCUCCCUGACAGAAUCCUGGAGAUAGCUGAUCCAACAAUAUGGCUGCACAAUGACAUCAAUGAUAACACUACAAGAAGAAGGAUUCAGGAAUGUUUGAUCUGUGUCAUUAGGGUCGGCUUAUCCUGCUCAAAGCAGCAACCUAGAGAGCGAAUGCUGAUACGGGAUGUAGUCGCGGAGAUGCACGCAAUAAGAGAUGCAAACCUGAGGUUUAUCGGUUCUCUUGCUGUGGGACAUGGAGAAAGAGAAGUCAACACGCUGCAGCGAUCUGCACCGACAAUUAGCAAUUAG